AUGGCUCUGACCGGCAAGAGCGCAGUGGUGACCGGAGCGGCGGGGGGCAUCGGGAAGGGACUGAGCGAGGUUCUCCUGCGGAACGGGGCCAAGGUGGCCCUCCUGGAUGUGAAUGAAUCUGCUGGACAGAGUCUAAUGGAGUCCCUGAAUCAGAAACACGGAACAGGAAGCGCCUUAUUCCUGAAAUGUGACGUGGAGUCAGAGGAGCAGCUUAGAGCUGCUUUUCAGAAAGCAGUAGAAACCUUUGGAGGAAUCGACAUCUUGUGCAACAAUGCCGGCGUUAUGAAUGAGACCGCGUGGGAAAAGACAGUGUCCAUAAACCUGAUGAGCGUCAUUAGAGCAAGUUACAUCGCUCUGGAGCACAUGAGCAAGUUAAACGGAGGUAGAGGAGGAGUCAUCGUCCAGACGGCGUCUAUGGCGGGUUUGGGUCCGUUUCCCAGCUGUCCCGUCUACACGGCCACAAAGAGCGGCGUGGUGGGCUUCACACGAGCCAUGGCGGUUGCCUCUGAGGUGUCGGGGUACGGCAUUCGCUUCAACGCUCUUUGUCCAACUUUUGUCCAAACUGAAAUGAUAACCAACAUCUCUGGUAAACUGGGGCAGUUCACUCACCUGACUGGAAUGGCCGUGAAGUUAACAGAAAAACUGGGAAUUUUGAGUGUGUCUGAGGUGGCCGAGAGUCUCCUGGAGCUGGUGACGGACGAGACCAAGAAUGGGGAGGCGCUCAUGAUUCUCACCCAAGGAAAGGCGUACAUGCAGUUUCCAUCACUCUCUAAGUAGUGCGUCAUGCUGGAGAAAUACGUCUAAUGCUGCUGUUCCAUCAUAUCCAAGGUCUUUCUACUGUAGCUCUACAUUUAAAAAAAUCUAUCAUUUUUGUCUUACUCUAAAUCUUUACUCCCAGGUGUUGAUUUAUGUGUCAUUUAUUUGUUUUUCUCAGUCUUGUAAUGAUCUAAACACUUAGUGGAAAACUGCAAAACAACACGAAAGGCAAAUAAACACAAUUUAAUAAAAGA